UUAGAAACAUGCGAGGGAACACACCCAACAUGGCCACGGUUAUGAGCAAGCUGUCAACAAUUUAGGUGUGGUUAGAGAAGAGUGAAAUCUAUUUUCCGGCUUUCGUUUUUAGAUUCAAUUUGGAAAAAACAUUGUAUCAAACAUGACAGGUAGAUUACCUGCGUGUGUCAUUGACGUGGGGACUGGGUACACUAAACUUGGGUUUGCCCCUAAUAAAGAACCUCAGUUCAUCAUACCAUCAGCAAUUGCCAUCAGAGAGUCUGCAAAAGUCGGAGACCAAGCUAUUCGUAGAUUAGCUAAGGGAGUUGAAGAUUUGGACUUCUUCAUUGGCGAUGAAGCAUUCGAUGCCACAGGCUAUGCUGUUAAGUACCCUGUAAGACAUGGACUGGUUGAAGAUUGGAAUCUUAUGGAAAGGUUCCUGGAACAAUGUAUUUUCAAGUAUUUACGGGCUGAACCAGAAGAUCACCAUUUCUUGCUCACUGAGCCCCCAUUAAACACUCCUGAAAACCGAGAAUACCUUGCUGAAAUAAUGUUUGAGUCAUUCAAUGUGCCAGGGCUGUACAUAGCAGUACAGGCUGUUUUAGCUCUUGCUGCUUCAUGGGCUUCUAGACCCAUUGAAGAAAGGACAUUGACGGGCAUUGUGGUUGACAGUGGUGACGGUGUUACCCAUGUCAUUCCUGUGGCUGAAGGCUAUGUGAUUGGAAGCUGCAUCAAGCAUAUUCCCAUCGCAGGACGGGACAUUACUUACUUCAUUCAGUCACUGCUCAGAGAAAGAGAAGUUGGAAUCCCACCAGAACAGUCCUUGGAAACUGCUAAGGCAAUUAAAGAACGACACUGUUACAUUUGCCCUGAUAUUGCUAAGGAAUUUGCUAAGUAUGAUUCAGACCCUUCAAAGUGGAUGAGGAAGUACAAAGGUGUUAACUCUGUAACCAAGCAACCUUUCUCAGUGGACGUCGGUUAUGAAAGGUUUCUUGGACCUGAAAUAUUCUUCCAUCCUGAGUUUUCAAAUCCUGAUUUUACUGUACCUCUUUCUGAGACUGUGGACCAAGUUAUUCAGAACUGCCCUAUUGAUGUCAGAAGGCCUUUGUACAACAAUAUUGUGCUAUCAGGAGGUUCAACUAUGUUCAGAGAUUUUGGUAGAAGGCUCCAGAGAGAUAUUAAACGCAAUGUAGAUGCGCGAUUGAAACUAAGUGAGAGCCUUAGUGGAGGACGUAUUACACCUAAGCCUAUAGAUGUUAAUGUUGUAACGCAUCAUAUGCAACGUUAUGCUGUUUGGUUUGGAGGAAGCAUGCUUGCAUCUACGCCGGAAUAUUAUGAAGUAUGCCACACGAAAGCUGAUUACCAAGAGUAUGGACCAAGCAUAUGUCGCCACAAUCCUGUCCUUGGAACAAUGACUUAGUUUUUUUUUUUUGCCCUCUCACAAAGCUGCAAUGUGAGCUAGGUUUUGUACUCCAUUUAGACUUACAACUGAAUGUUUAACUUGCAAUAGAAUACUGAGAAAUGUGAUAUGUGAUUAAAUUUGGGUCUCUUGCAUUUUUCCCUUCAUUGGUCAAUAAUUAUUCUUGUUUUUAUUUCUCAUUUAGCUUGUAUGUUACGCUCAAAUGUUUAUAAAUUUCAAGGGGUUUAUAAAUCAAUUUUUGUACUAGUAACAUAACUGUUUUCAUCUCUUGUGGACUGUUUAUUCAGGACAAGGAGAUGCUUUGUUAUUUAAUGUAAUUUUAGAAAUCCUUAAAAGAAAGUAUGCAAAAAUUGUUGUAUAAGCCUUGCUGUGGUGAGAGUGUUUAGGGAUCAGGGAACAUGUGAGUAAAUCAGCAUCCUCUAUCAACCAAGUUGGGUUUCCUGUAAAAUUGAUGUACUAUUUUUGUUUUGUUCAGGAUUCUUUAAAAAAUUGAUAGCCUUGUUUUUCUUGUCAUUAAGUAAAUAGUAAAGGUUCCAAACCUAAUUGUGGUAUCCUUUUUUCUUUUAACACCAUCAUAUUUUAUUUUUGACACUGAAACCCAAAGGUUGCAUUCAUGUUAUUUUGAAAUUCAUUGUUGUUUGCAGACUUUUCUUGGUUGCAGACUUAAUUGCCGGGAUCAGAAAUGAAAAAGGGAAUGGAGAAAUUACGUGGUUAACAAGGUUGACAAGUUUGAUGGUUUUCAAAUCAACUGUAUGUCAAGCCAUCUGUUGUAAAUUUUUUGAUCUCUGAAUUUUUUUAAAAUUUUAGACGUGUUUCAUCAUCUAUCUGUUCCAAAUGUGUACUUUUGAUAGAUAUUCUGAUCAAAUCCAGGCAUAUACUGUGUUAGUUAACAAUCAGUAUUAUUUCCCCUCCCUGCCUGAGUUGCUUGGACCCACUUUAAAUUAAACUUCAAUUGUAAAUUUUUUUAUCAGUGUUUUAAGUGUAAUAACUCACAGCUCUUUUGACCGAUCUAAUUUUCAGAUGCCUCUGAAAAUUAAGAUGUGUUGUAUACAUGUAGUAUACAUCUGUUCGUCCACUUAAUUAAUGUUAUUGUGGCCCCUUUUAACCCAACUCUUUCUUUCCUGUGUACCAAUUCCAAGAUAGUUUUAAUUAUUAUUAUGGACUUCAUUGCCUGCAUUGCUGCUAUUUUAAAGAAAUAAGUAGCAUGGUUUCAUUGCAGGAAAUCACUUAUUGUAUACAGAUUAAUCCCUCCCAUCAAAGGAUGAUUAAUUUAGAUCAUGACUUGACAAUAGCUUUGAUCUAUGAGAAGGAAAGGUAAUGUAUCAACUGAUAAGCCAGAUAUUUUUCCUACAAGUCUCAUGAGGGUCUUUUUAUUCCUUCUAUUGUCAUUAUGAAGAACUUGAUGUUGAGUUCUGGAUUGAUGUCAGUUCAUUGGAUUGUGUAGCUGAAGCAGAUUAGUGGAAAGUGUGUUAUGGUCAUUUGAUACCAGUGUAGCAGUAAUGUUUCUGUUUGUGUUUUAUGCUGGUGUUGGAUUGGCAACUGCAGACUAACCAGUUAUGAAUAACCCUAAUCAGAUUUGUGGGUAAGGGUAACUUGACUGGCUCAUAGUUGAUAUGUGUCAAAUUUGUCAGACUAUGUGUAAUUUAGAAGUUGAUGCUUUUAUUUCUGGUUGCUCUGUACAGCCAAUGUUCAAAUAUGCAUUUUAUGGAAGUAACCAUUUUCAAUUAAAGAUUUAUAUACAAA